UGCCUGGCAGAUGUUGGGCUCUAGUGACGUUUGUGUAUAAACCAUUUCUAAAUUAGCUAGCUAGCAUUUAUUUGGGAGUUUUGUAAAGUAUCUACAAGUGGCAAAACGUAAACUGGUUUCAUUAUAACGACUUGGUAAUUCUCAAUUUGGGAUUCUUGUACUCUGUGUUGCUUGCUUGGAUAAGUAGUGCGUGAUAACAGAUUCGCUAGAAAUUGUAAGAGCCUACAUCCCUCGCAAGACGUAAGAUGAGCGCCGUUAAAGAAGAGGCACGCAGUGUCUCCCCCCAAUGUCCAAAACCGAACGAAUCCGAGGAACCAGAAGGAGCUUCAAUGGAAGUGGAUACUGCAGUAAAAUGUCAAGUUGAAGAUGUGGUCAUUACCAAGGAAAUGGUAGAAGAAGAGAAAAAUUUAAUGGAAGUAGGGGAAAGAAAGGAAAGAGAAAUGAUGGAAGAGGCCAGGCAAUCAUGGGAAAAAGACACUCAAGAAAUGAGAUUUAAGCGGCUUCAGCACCUUUUGGAGAAGAGCAACAUUUACUCCAAAUUUCUCCUUACAAAAAUGGAACAGCAGCAGGAGGAAAAGCUAAAAAAAGAGACACAGGAAAAAAAAGCAGCCACUUUAAAACAGAAGGGCAAUGGCAAAAAGACAGAGAAAGUUGAGAGGAAAAAGCGAGAAAGAGAAGAUUACAAAAUUGCUGAUGUCAUGUCUAAAGAAGAAAUUUUGUCAAAAGCCAAAAGACAGAAAAUGGAGGAGGAGGCUCCUAGACAGAAGAAACUUGAGGCAGAGGACAUUGAGAAUUUAAGUGACUCAAACUCUGACAUAAAAGGGCGGCUCUCGGAAGUUGUAAGGAAUAAUGCUAAGCAAAUGCUGGACCCCAAAAGGAAAGUUAAUGGACAGUCUGUACCUUUGCAGCAGCCUAAGCUCUUUACUGGGGGUGUGAUGAGGUGGUACCAGGUGGAGGGCAUUGAAUGGCUUAGGAUGCUAUGGGAGAAUGGUAUUAAUGGGAUCCUGGCCGAUGAGAUGGGUCUGGGAAAGACCAUACAGUGCAUUGCUCAUGUUGCCAUGAUGAUUGAGAAGAAGGUCCUUGGACCAUUUUUGGUUGUAGCUCCUCUUUCCACUCUACCCAACUGGAUUAGUGAGUUUAAGCGCUUCACUCCAGAGGUUUCUGUAAUGCUUUACCAUGGCGCACAGAAUGAGAGACACAACCUUGUCAAGCUGAUUCGUAAGCCUCAGGGUUCCUUAAACAUGUGCCCUGUCAUGGUCACAUCAUUUGAAAUAGCCAUGAUUGACAGGAAGUUUCUUCAGCGUUUCCAGUGGAAGUACCUGAUUGUGGAUGAAGGUCAUCGGAUAAAGAACUUGAACUGUCGAUUGGUGCGAGAGCUGAAAAUGCUGCCCACUGAUAACAAGCUGCUUCUGACAGGAACUCCGCUGCAGAAUAAUCUUGCAGAACUCUGGUCUCUUCUUAAUUUCCUACUCCCGGACGUCUUUGAUGACUUAAAGAGCUUUGAGUCUUGGUUUGACAUCAGCACCAUCAGUUCAGGUGCAGAUACCAUUGUGGCCAAUGAGCGGGAAAAAAAUAUUCUGCAUAUGCUUCACCAGAUUCUCACACCCUUUCUACUUAGACGACUGAAGUCAGAUGUAACGUUGGAAGUUCCACCAAAGAAAGAGAUUGUGGUGUAUGCUCCUCUUACCCCUAAACAGGAGAGCUUUUACAGGGCUAUUGUUGACAAAACCAUUGCAAAGGUCCUGGGCCAAGAGAAGGACGACACUACACCAGCGCAGUUGUCCUCCACUGGGCGACCAAAACGUAGGUGUCGCAAGGUGGUGGACUACUGUGAAAAGAGUGAUGAUUCUCACUGUGACCUAGAGAAAUACAUUGAAAAACUUCAGAAGGAGAUGGAGAGUCAGCAGGACUUUGUCCCUGUGCUAGAUGUUCAGAUGCCUCUUGAUGCCCAAAUCAGUCUGAAGCUGCAGAAUAUACUGAUGCUGUUGAAGCGAUGCUGCAAUCAUGCUUACCUCAUAGAGUAUCCUCUAAUCCCUGGCACUGCUGAGUUCAAGAUUGACGAACAGCUGGUGAAGACAUCAGGGAAAUUUUUGAUUCUGGACAGAAUGCUUCCAGAACUAAAAAAGAGAGGACAUAAGGUACUUAUCUUCAGCCAAAUGACUUCUAUCUUGGACAUUCUGAUGGACUACUGUUAUCUGAGAGGGUAUCAGUACAGCCGACUGGAUGGGAGUAUGAAAUACACAGAAAGGGAUGAGAAUAUGAAGAAAUUCUCCUCAGAUCCAGAGGUGUUCAUCUUCCUCCUAAGCACACGAGCUGGUGGACUUGGAAUCAAUCUCACAGCUGCGGACACAGUCAUCAUAUUUGACAGUGACUGGAACCCUCAGGCAGACUUGCAAGCUCAGGAUCGGUGUCACCGUAUUGGCCAGACCAAGCCUGUGGUGGUGUACCGCCUCAUCACAGCAAACACUGUUGAUGAGAAGAUCUUCGAGACAGCAUCUGUCAAGCGCAAACUGGAGAAGAUGGUCAUUCAUAAAAGCAAGUUUAAAGGUGGGAAAGCUGAACUCAAGCAGUCCAAGAGCUGUGUAGAUGUGAAUGAAUUGAGGGACCUGCUUAAGUCCAGAGAUUAUGAGAGGGCCAUAAAAAGCACUAAAGGAAAGGUCAUCAGUGACACCGAUCUGGAGAUUUUGUUGGAUCGCAGUGACCUAUUUGAUCAAGCCAAAAAACGUGUUAAACAAGAGAAGGAUGGUGUGUUUAAAGUGGUUGAGACUAAAGAAGAUAACUCUGAGAUCUGUCUGUUAUGAGUGCUCAGAGGAUGUUGAUGCUGUUGUUUCUGGUGCCAUUCAAGCAAACUGGUCUUGAACUGCUGUUUAUUUGAAGUUCAGCUAUAGGAUGGUUUUUGUUAACAGCUGAGCUUAUGUAAAUCACUUCAUUCUAAAGGUAGUGAAAGUAGAGCUCUAAUGACUGACUUGCCAAGUCACUAAUGUUUAGAAGUAGCUUUUUCCAUGUGUGCUUGCCCCUGAGUACUUUGCUUGCAGGGUAGCUGCUGGUCUCAGUAAUAUCAUUAUUUUGGACCAACUCUUGCCAUAUGAUGCUUCCCAAACCUGUGUAGCACACUGCAGAUAUUUGUUGUUCAUAUGUUACAAACUGACAUCUUUCCAGUAUGGAUAAGUUGUUUUUGCUUUUUCAUGUUUGUAUAAUGUCCAGGAAGGCCAUGUGUCAACAGGUUUUAUUGGGUAGUUUUAAUGCACCUUACGUCCCCCCCAUUUCAUAGGACAUGUUUAAAAUAGAGAAAUGUUGACAACUGUUCCUCUAAUUAUUUCCAUCUUAGUUUGAAAGCACUUUGAACAUGUCAGCCUGUAUGGUUUUAAUAUAUGGAUUAUGCUUUUUUUUUGGGGGGGGGGGUUCUUAAAUAAAAUGGCCUGCAUUUAAUCUGUUUGAGUUGUUAGCAUUACACAAGGAGUUUAAUCAAGAUUACAGGCUGCCUUAAUUGUAUCAAAUUGUUUUUAGGUAGGCAUAUUGAGUGAUGAGUGGAUUUAUGAAUCUUUGUGAAAGCUCUUAAACAACUACUUAGAAAAAGUGGGUAGGCUUCAUUCUUCUUAAACAAGGACAAGUUUCUAAUAAGCCAAG